AUGAAGGAAGGUCUUCUCUCAUGGAGUUCUUGCUCUCGCUUUCUCUCUAUCCCCUCCCCCACCACUGUCAAAACCCACACCCAUAAACCCAUAGUUUCCACAAUCGCUGCAACUAUUGAAUCAGUCAAUGAAAGCUGCCUCACGGCUAAAGAGAGAAGGCAGCUGAGAAACGAGAGGAGAGAGAGUAAACCCGCUUACAACUGGAGAGAAGAGGUGGAAGACAGGCUUAUCAAGAAGCCCAAAAAGCGUUACACUUCUUGGACUGAAGAACUCAAUCUUGAUAACCUUGCUUUGCUCGGCCCUCAAUGGUGGGUAGUUAGAGUUUCCAGAGUUUCGGGCCAAGAAACUGCCGAACGAAUGGCUCGGUCACUGGCCCGAAAUUUCCCCAAUGUUGAUUUCAAGGUAUAUAUUCCAUCUGUGCAAAUCAAAAGAAAAUUGAAGAAUGGAUCACUCUCUGUUAAACCAAAACCCCUCUUCCCUGGAUGUGUGUUUUUGAGGUGUGUAAUGAACAGGGAGUUACACGACUUCAUACGAGAAUGUGAUGGGAUUGGAGGAUUUGUUGGAUCCAAGGUCGGAAAUACAAAGCGUCAGAUUAACAAACCUAGACCAGUAGACGAGGAUGACAUGGAAGAAAUAUUCAAGAAAGCAAAGGAAGAACAGGAAAUGGCCGAUCAAGCGUUUGAAGAAGAGCAGCAAGCUGAAGGAGCUCCGGAUUCCUUGAAGUUGGGUGUAGAAUCUCCUUUCGUCAUCUCCAAUGAUGCUACGCAUUCCAAUACGCCAACUAAGAGGAGAGGCCGAUCUAGAAAGGCAGCUGAAGCAGCAGUAACAGGAAAGAAAAAUGCAAGUCUAGUACCAGGUUUAACAGUCCAAGUUGCAUCGGGUGCCUUUGCGGGAUUUUCGGGCAUCCUUAAGAAGCUUGAUCACAAAAGGGGGCUGGCAACUGUUGGAUUUACACUGUUUGGGAAAGAAACUUUAGCAGAUAUUGAUGUCAAUGAAGUUCUCGUCGAAACAAGUUGA